UGGCGCUGGAUUUGUUUUGCAAACUGUAACAGUUUUUGAGCCAAAAUAGCGCCUAAAAUGCAACCUUAGCGAUACAAAAACGAAGAAAAUAUAAAGUCGAGGCACUGUAGAAAAGCUUCAUGAUGCCUCGUUCUUCAGGAAAGUUGCGAGGAGCGGUUGAAUCAACUGUCAGGAAGACGUACGGUAACUCAGCUGUGGUUUCUUCUUUCAAAAGCAAAGUUACUCAUCCUCGAAACCCAAAACUUGUCAAAACUAGCAUCGAAGAUGAUAAGCAAGCUCCAUCUGCUUAUAUGGCUGAAAUGCAGUUGACAACUCAGGAGAGACUGAGACUAACUUAUGAAAUGAGAGUACCACAGAUUAUUGAGCUUCUUGACAUGUCAGAGCAGACUUUACAAAAGUUCACUUCAAUGGAUGUGGAGGAGCCUAUGUUCCAGCCUUUCCCAUCAGACAUCACUUUCCAGAAUUUUGAACCUUUUGAGAUCCAGGAAGUUCCUCUUCAGCUCAGGAAUAAUGAUAAGAUUGCUCGGCUGGUCAAAGUUACCCAGACAGAUUCACCAUACUUUAAGAUAAUUAGUCCACUAGAUGUAGGGCAUAAGGUGGCUCCUGGUAUGGACACUACAUUUAUCAUUCAGUUCACUCCAGAUGAAAAAAAGGACUAUACUCAUGAACUGAUCUGCAUCACAGAAAGAGAAAAGUUCCUUGUCCCAGUAAAAGCUAUUGGUGCAAGAGCCAUUCUUGAUUUCCCAGAUGAAAUAAACUUUGGUACAGCACCUGUCAAGAAUCCUACUACCAAGACCUUACUUGUCAGAAAUAUCGGCAACAAAGAAGCCAGAUUCCAGCUGUCAUUAGAGGAGCCAUUCAGUGUGACACCAGAUAGUGGACGUCUAGCUAUUGGAGAGAGUCUACAAGUGCAUGUAGACUUUAAUCCACGGAAGACAGGGGACCACACCAGCAACAUGAUCCUGCAUUAUGACACUGGUGAAGAUAUAUACAUUGCAUUGUACGGUGCUGCUAUUGACUAUAACAUCAGGUUGGACAAAAAUGCCCUGAAGAUGGAAAAUACUUUCAUAACCAGUGCAUCACAAAGGACCAUCACUAUUUCUAACCGCAGUGAUAUCAUGGUAAAUUUCAAAUGGACAAAAUUUGCCACUCUACGCGAAGAGCUGCAGCAGAAAGAAAGAUUCUACUUAGAUUUAAGAAGACAAGAAGAGACAGAGAGAGAUGCCUUCAUCGAUGAGUGUCUGAGUGACAUGACCAUACGAGACCAAAUAGCCAUUGUGUCCAGAAAGUAUAAGAAUGAAGUCCAGGUGCUUCAGAAUGAUAAACUGCUGUUUGAUGAUGACUUAAUAUCCGUCGAACCUGUGGAGGGAGAUAUCUGGCCCAAUUCUCAGGCUGAAAUAAAUAUCAUAUUCAAACCACAAGAAGCUCAAAGCUAUGCCAGAACUCUGUACUGCGAUGUGUCUGGUCGUGAGUCCAGGUUACCACUACGAAUAAGGGGGGAGGGCAUAGGUCCUCUUGUUGAGUUCUCCUUUGAUAGACUGAACAUUGGCAAUGUGUUUGUCAACUCGAAGCACUCUUACGAGGUCGUUUUGGCUAACAAAGGUGACAUCGAUGCGGUUUUCACUAUACUACCAAGUGAUACCCUGUUUGGCCCUCAGUUCAUCUUCACCCCUGCGCAAGGUAUAGUUGUACCUGGGGGUUAUCAGGCUAUACAGAUCUAUUUCUGUUCACCUCAUCUUGGGGAUUUCGACGAGACGUUCUUGUUUGCCAUCGAAGGUUCCCCAGAGAAGAUCAAGCUUAACAUAAGUGGUACAGUUAUCGGACCAACUUUUCACUUCGAUAUACCAAAGCUUAAGUUUGGCACUGUGUCAUAUGGAUUUGUAAAUUCUCGUCGCUUCAAACUGGUCAACACUUCCCUGAUCCCCAUGACGUUUUCCCUACGUGUACCAGCCGAUGGUGGAGCAAGAGAAGCGGUUUCCAAUGGAUACACUGAUAGCCUUAUCGAUAGUAAUAUCACAGACUCGGGCAGUACUGUUAUGGCUUCUCUCAAAGAGUUCGAUAUCACUCCUUGUGCUGGUACUAUUGCUCCUCAGGAUGAGAUGACCAUCAACGUCGACUUUGUAUCUACAACAGUCAAGAAGUACGACAUUUCAUUGGUUGUAGACGUAGAGGGGGUGGGAGAGGAGAUUUUGUCACUUCCCAUAAUUGCAAGGUGUGUUGUACCUCCCAUCUUACUACACACACCAAUACUAGRCUAUGGAAGGUGCUUCCUUCAUCAUCCGUAUGAGCUUCCAGUACAGCUUGUCAACGAGUCAGAUCUACCUGCCAAGUACGAACUCCUGGCACAAGUUGUAGAUGACAUGACGCCAAUACUAUACUCAAGCACAGAGCCAAAGGGCGUCAUCCACCCGAGGUCAGUCAAAGAGAUUCCUCUCCAAAUCACUGCCGAGUGCCUGGAAGAAGUUCAAACAAUGGCUUACUUCAUGAUAUUUGGAAGUAGUGAACAACCCUUGGUUGUGCAAGUAAAAUGUGUUGGUGAGGGACCAGUAGUCCACGUGACACCAACACAUAUUGAUUACGGUACCAUCCCUGUACUCAAUGACGUCAUCAGGACUAUCAGACUGUCUAACGAGUCCCUCAUACCUGCCCAGUUUUCGUGCACCAUGAUUCGUCCAAAUUCCCUUUUUUCGGUGCAGCCUUCACAAGGAGUUAUUCAGCCAGAAGAAGCUUUGGAUUUGCAUGUUACAGCAACGGUCGAUGAUACAGUCAGAUUCCUGGACAAGCUAUCAAUCAACAUCAAUGAUAGUCAAGUCCAGACAGUAAGCCUAGUGGCGCAUGGUUCUGGUACUACUAUAGUCAGUGAUCCACCCAUUGUACCGUCUGUUCAAUUGGGAGCACAGUUCAGCUGUCAGCCAUGUUCCCGAGUCUUCUGCUUAACAAACAAGGGACGUAGACCUCAACAGAUUUACUGGACAACUGAGGGGUUCCAUCCGUUUAAGGCUAAGAAAAGAACGGAUUAUAACCCUGAUGACAUGAGAUUUCAGGGCGUGCCUCCACCACCUGAACCUCCCAAGCCUAUAUUCUCUCUGACUCCUGACAGAAUGGUAUUACACCCUGGAGAAAGCCAAGAGAUCACACUCAUGGGCUACUCAGAAAAGACUCAGAAAGUAAAGGAGCGAAUGAUCUGUCACGCUAUCAUUGGUACCAGUACCGGUAAAGAGAAGAUCAUGAAGGUGGAUAUAAUGGCAGACUUCAUCAGUCCAUUACUAGACUUCUCACAAAGGGAGGUCCACUUCUGUGUUAUGAAAUAUCCAAAGAGCACCCUGGAAGUAGAGACCAAACAAGUGAUGAUGACCAAUGUGUCAUCUUUACCUUUGACCGUCAAGCUCAAGACCAUGCAUCCCUUCCAAUUGCUCGUCGAAGACCAGAGAUGGGCUCCACUCAAUGUCGAGUCUUCUGAAACAGUGUUGUCUUUGGGCGUGUCUGAGUGCGUGCCUGUACUCAUCCAGUUCAACCCUGCAUAUAAAGAAGACAGUGUUACUCGUAUUGCUGAGAGCUUUCUGGAGAUAUCCUUCGCGGAGCACCCUCAAAUGGAUUUUGUGGCGUUAAAAGGGGAAGUCUUUUUUCCAAAUCUAACUUUUGAGACGACAGAGGUUGACUUUGGUUGUAUCCUGAAUGAUACUGAAGUGACUAAGGUGGUCAGUAUCACCAAUCACAGUCCAAUAGAUGUCAAGUAUCAAUGGAGCUUUAUCGAUGGUACAGUCGAGUUUGAAAACAAGGACGAAGACGAAGGAAUUGGGUGUGACGUUGGGUACGAUAGUCAAGACGAGAAGUCCAUUGAUGAGGAAAAGGACAAGGAAUCGUCUCUAGGCAGUGGUGGAAGUCAGUCACCAGCACGUUCAAGACCUUCAUCUGCUGUUCCCCAAGGUGAUGGGGAUGUUGCAGUACAGCAACCAGAUGAGCCAUGGAACACCACGGGAAGUCUUCCAUUUGAUAUAGGAAUAAAUGAGGUUUUUGACAUAUUGCCUCUCUAUAGCACUCUUCACUCAGAGGAAACCCAGAAACUUCAGUUCACAUUUUACGGGCAUGCCAACAUCCGUUCUAACGCCGUUGCUAGAUGUUCCGUGUAUGGUGGACCUGAAUAUGACGUGGUACUCAAAGGAAGCGCUUCUCUAGUGCAGUAUUUCUUUGACAAGAAAGUUGUCGAUUAUGGAAAGCAGCUGUAUGAUCAAGUAGCUAUUGCUGAGAUCAUCUUACACAACACUGGUAAUGUUGGUCUGGAUUACGUAGUACUGAACGUUGACUCAGGGAACAAGGUCCUUCCUGGGGCCCCUAAUGUCACGCCAGCCCAGGGUCAUAUCAAAGCCCUCAGUAAACAGACUCUGACUGUUAAAUAUCUGCCUGGAGUACCCAAAAGCUUUGACAAGAUGUUCCAGGUUCGUGUAGCGCAUUUUGAACCCGACAAGAUCUCCCUUACAGGAGAAGGGGUGUUCCCUCGUAUAUUGUUCGACCUGCCUUUGGACAAAGAGGACGAACGAUUGCAUGAGCUAGUAGAGAAGGCUAAAGAAAACAUCAAGAAUGAAAAAGAACUGCCUUCUACUGACAAGACCAAGGAAGAGAUGCCUAUGAGAGCUAUAGCCAAUGCUGUUGGUGAUUUAGAGGUUCAAAUGGAGAUCGAAAGGCUAAUCAUCCAGCAACACGCUUUAGAUCAGCAAAACAUCUCGAGGGUUUCUUCCCUCGUCCAAACAGACAGUUCAUCUAAACCAACCCCUAAGAACAAGAAACAAAGAGCUCAGUUGAUUAGCUACCUCCUAGACUUUGGCUACGUGGUCUUGGGUACCGUCCGCUCACAUAUCAUCCGCGUCACCAAUAAUGGAUUCUUCCCUGUCUCUUUUGCUCCAGACAGGGGGAGCUUAUCUGGCAGCGGUUUCGUUGUUGAACUGGAUAGGAUAAGGAACCUACCCGGAAGUCCCGACAAUGAAAGUAUCGAGUUUAUGGUCACUUUUGAUCCCAAGGGUGCAGAUAUGUCUCUAGGACCUGUAGAUGUCUCUGUGCCUAUUAUGACAUUAGGUGGUCCAUUAUACGGGCUGAGACUUAAGGCCUUUGUUACUAUGCCUGAUAUGAAGAUCUCUACAGAUACACUUGACUUUGGGUCUGUGGUGUGUGGACAGUGCAAGGUGAUGACCAUCCAGCUGCAUAAUUACCAGCCUGUAAGAUGCGACUGGUCAUCAGAACCCACUGAAGACAAAAAGAAGAGGUCUGACAAGAUGGUUCCUCUUCAUCUGAGGAAGAAACUUCGCGCAGAGAAACCCAAGCCAAAGCAGUUCGAGGUGAUGCCUCCGGUAGGAAGCUUACAGCCUGGCCAAAGAAUCAACGUCCAAGUGAAGUUCAUGCCAAUAGAAGAGAUCUCUUACAGUCAACGAGUAGUCAUACGCAUAGCACAGAGUACCAACCGUCUAGUUGUUAAUGCAUCAGGACAAGGAAGAGAACCUAAAGUGGAUUUCAGUUCUUCGCUCGUAGCUUUUGACCCUGUUCUUCCUCAUUCAAACGGGGACGAAAAAGAAGUGGUGCUAAAGAAUCCUUGUGAUUUCCCCAUCGAAAUCUACUCACUGGAGUUUGACAAGCAGUAUUUAGAGGAGGAGAAGAUGWUAAGGAAUAUGAAGGGGUAUGAUGAGUAUAAUACCAUCCUGCUUCCUCCUCGACAGCCAGGAGAAAAGCUACCAAAAGAGGUCAUUGAUUCUUAUGAGGAACAGCAGCGCAAGAAAGAGGAAGAGGAAAAAGCACAGGCCGAAGCUGCAGCGAAACAACAAGCCGAGGGUGAAGGCGAAGAAGGGGACAUAGUUGCACCGAACAUAACUACCGUACCCGCCACACCAGGAAUCAAUGACCAAGAGGGAAGCGAAGAAGAGGUUGCCAGUAGCUUGGGUGUGGGCGAACUGGAGAUCACACCUGUAUCUGCUGCCAUUGCCCGUUAUCUUGGAAUUGAUCUAACAGCUGAAGGUAAAGCAGCACGUAAUCGUCGCGGUAUUGCUUUAAUCGUCCAUGGAGCACCGUUCUCUGGAAAGACAGCAACAUCCGUGGUCUUGGCUAAGAAGUACGAAGCUGCCUUGCUUACCGUCGAUGGUGUUGUACUUGAAGCCAUUACAACUAGUUCGUCUUCUGCUGCUCGCCGGGCUAAAGAUCUUUGUGCUGCCGCAGCUCGUGCUGCUAAAGAAGCAGAACAAGCAGCAGAAGCCAGCCAAACCCACCACCAACCAGGUACCCUUAGUGUCGAGGCAGUAGCACAGCUUACUGCUCAGGCAGGACAACCUCACAGCACACUAGGGUCUACGACUGGAGCUCCUUCACUCAUGGCACGCGAAGGCCGUAAGACAUCUACCGUUGGUGGGCCUAAAGGGUUUGUUAAUAAAAACCAACCUCAGGUACAGCAGAGUACACCCCCUGCAACCCCGCCCAAUGCUGCACCCAUCGGUCGUAAACUGAGUGUUAGUGCCAGUGUGGGAGGAGAAGAUGGUCUGUACAGCUGUGUUUUACCAGAAGACCUGCUUGUAGAACUAUUGGCUGAAAGAAUGCUGCUAAGUGAUUGUCAACGCGGCAUCGUGAUCGAUGGUCUUGACUCAUUAUUCAGUCCAAGUCUGUGUGCAACAGCCACUGCUGUGCUUCGUGCACUUAACAAUCGCAAGUACAUCUAUUUUGUAACACUAAUGCUGGAUCAUGCUCGAUUGAAGGCCGUGGAGGAGAAGAGGAAAGAGGAAGAAGCCAGGAAACAGAAAAUAAAAGAGGAAGAAGAAAAGCGUCGUCUGGAGGAAAUGUCUGAAGAUGAGUACGAUGCUCUGACGGAAGAGGAAAAAGCAGAGGUGGACAGGAAACACCUUGAACAGAAGAAAGAAAGGCUGAAGAGAGAAAUGGAACGACAGGAAAAGGAAAAGAAAGAACGAGAACUACAGGUUUUAAUGGAAGAGAAAAGACUAGAGGAAGAAAAAAAUACCAAGCGCAAACGAGCUGGGCAGCAAGGAGGUACCGGAGCUGCAAAGAAAGGCCACGAUACUAAAGACAAGAAAGGUGAAAAAAGCAACGAUAAGUUGACAUCAGGACGCGUUACAGCAGCAGCAUCACAGCCGCAGAAUACCGAGACACGUGGAGGUGCACCAUCUGUCGUGUCUGAGAGAUCUGAUAGCAGUGAAGUUAUCGAUGAUAAAAAGAGAAUGAGUAUUGCUAAGCCCGGUAAGCAUCCGCGUCAACCCUCUGCUGCUAUACCUCCACACUUGAUGGACGAGCCGAAGGUACCAACUGAAGAAGAUGAAAGAGAAAAGGAACUAACAAAAAAGUUCAACCUAUUUGAGUCAAGUCUACGUGAGAUUGAUAAUGUUCUUCAAUACUGGGACCGUGGUACUGGUACAAUCAACAGACCUGAUACACCCAAGUCUGAGGUCCAGGAUCCAGAACCACCACCACCACCGACUGGGUUUAACAAGAAAGGACGAGCUGACAAAAAGGAAAAAGAAAAGGAAAGAGAACGAGAAAGAGAAAAGGAAAAAGCCAAAGAGGCAUCUGAGUCGCCAUUAUCAGGUGGAAGCGGUGAACACGAUGAUGAAGAAGAUAAAAAUAAAGAUGGUACAGGGGUACCUAAUAUAAUGUUAGAAGUCCUGAAGCCACACGAACAAUCUGAUGACAAGGCCGUGGAAAAAGGAAUACUUCCUACCUAUGAAGAGGUUCUAGAUGGUCUUGGUCUUGGUCCACAUGGUCCACCCAUCCCACCCCCAGCAUCAUUCGCUGUCGUUCCAUAUCCAGUACGUCGUCGGCCUCCUUUAGGGUCAGACCCAUCGUCACAUUAUGUCUUCGUGGCUUCCAGUCCAGAUGACCCUAAUGCCAUUCAAGAAGACAAGUCAAAGGAAACAGAAGCGGAUAUAGAGAAGACUUCUGAUAGAGGACAGGAUCAUAGCCGUAAGGGAGCUCGAAGCAAUCGGGACAAAGAGGAACGAGAAAGCGGUGGAUCUAAGACACGUCGCGAGAGGCAGAAUUCUGCUCGGAAAAGCAAGCUUGGUAGUCAUGGAACCGCAUCACCACCACCAAGCGUUACUCCUGCCACUGAAGAAGAAAAAGGUGAGAGUACAGCCAUCCAGAUUGCACCUAACCUCGUAUCCCAUCGCUGGAUCAUCCAAGCCAACGAAUCAGUGACCCUACGUAUUCGCUUUAAAUCAGAGGAACUCGGUCAGUUCGAUCAGACUCUGAAUUUCGAAAUCGUUGGCACGAGACGACGGUAUCAGUUGUUCUGUCGUGGAGUGUGUGCUUUCCCUUCCAUCAGCCGUGAACCACGCGUCGUCUUUCCUCAUCGUAAAAAGUACCGCAAACCGGACGAAAUCGUUCAUAAGAAGUACAUACUGAGUAGUGAGACUUUCGAGUUUGGUCCCCUAUUGUGCGGCAAGACGAGAGACAGAUAUAGAGAGGAGAAGUACCCAGAAAAUAUUGAAAAGUUGACUGUAAUGAAUACCUCCCCACUUGAUGCAGAGAUAAGUUUCUGCUUCCAACAAGAUAGUACCGCCACAACAUUUUUAAUGGAACCACCAACAAUGAACCUGAAGCCGGGCCAGAGUGAGGAAUUAUUUAUAUGGGCGUACCCCAAGACGUCAGGGUACUUCGAGGAUGCUGUGGUGUGCUGCAUACGUGAGAAUCCAGAGCCAGUAGUGUUCAAGAUAUCUUGUAAUGGUGUUCGUCCUGAGCUGGAACUCGACAGGAAGCAGCUGCAGUUUGACCGUGUUCUCUUGCACAGGAAAGACACACGCACGAUCUUCCUGCGCAACAGUACUUUACUUCCAGUGGCCUGGCGCAUCAAUGGUCUGGAUAACCUUGGAGAUGACUUCUCUCUAACAACUGAACAUGGCAUCAUCGAACCCAAGGCAGAGUAUGCUCUACAGAUGCACUUCAGGGCGAUACGGCCCAUUAAUAUCAAGAAGAUCGUUCGUCUAGAGGUUUCUGACGUGGAACAGAUAAUGGGUCUUGUACAGGCGGAGAAUAUUCAGGUCCAUGCUGAGGCGUAUGAUGUGGCGUUGGAUAUGAGCUUCCCUAAAGGUGCCGAUGGGGGUUUAGAUUUCGGUGUUCUUAAAGUCAUGGACGAAACCAAACAAACUUGCUCGCUGAAGAACAAAGGCAGAUUUGAGAUCAACUUUAACUUCGUGUUUGAGAGCAUGGAAAACUGUCCAGCAAACGUGGAAGAAUUGUUUACAGUGCUUCCCAACCGAGGACCUCUUCUCCCCACCGACCGCCCCACCCAGGUACAGGUCAUAUUUAGGYCCAAGAAAGAGGUUACCAUCAAGGAACAACCUAUACUCAAAUGUCAGAUAAUAGAGCCGCACCUGGGCGAGGGAGGGGAAGUAAUCGCCAGUAUUCCUGUCAAGAUCUCCGUUCGUUCCGUAUACAGCAAGUACUCUAUCGCACCAGUCAGUGACAUCAACUUCGGAGCCAUGCUGGUCAACACCAAGAAAAGCCUCUUAUUUAGCAUAGAAAACAAGGGUGAAUUCGACUUCCGGUACUCAGUCCUCAAGAUGAUCAACACGCUCUCACAAGGUCGACAAAGACUGGGACCACCUGGAAAGAGAGUUAAAUCACGUGAUGGUUCUAGUUCUGGACGAUCUCAAGAAAACAAGCCACCGAAGCCUAAACGAGCUGAUUCAGUUAAAGGGGCUGAUAUAUCUGCUGGUGCACCCAACAUCCGUCUACAACUAGGCAUGUUCACCUUGUACCCUGCAACAGGAACAGUACCAGCUGGAGGUACAGUGCAGAUCUCUGUUGAUAUGGUCGCUGAAUCACCAGGGUUUUCUGAAGAGGAUAUUGCCAUUGACAUCUCAGAUCGUCCACCAUACGACCAUCCCCAGGGAAUCCCUUACAGGCUGAUUGGCGAGGCGUGUGUCCCGGGUAUCUCUGUUAUCAGUCCUUCAAACAUUGGAUCAAUCUUUGAAGAACAUCUGAUCGUCAAACAGUUGAACUUGUUCCAGUACAAUGCUCAUGAUAUAACCAGUGGAUCAGGAGUGUAUGGAGAAGACGAGAACAAGUUUAUCUUCUAUAAUACUAUUGUUGGUAGAAAAGCCAAGGCUCGCUUCAAGAUAUCUAACACCAAUAAGGUUCCAUGUGACCUAGUGCUGUCUGUCAAACCCAUCUCCAACAAGCCGUCCAAUCGCUGGCACGACGUGUAUGAGAUCGAGCCCCAGCGUGCCUCUAUACCAGCCCAUGGACACAUCUACACCACAGUAACCUUCAUCCCUCCUUCAAUGCAGACCUACUUGGGGAUAUUAGAAGCUGCUGUGGAUGGGAUGCCGAGUGUUGUAUCCAAGUAUCGUAAUCUUACCUUUGAAAUUCAGGGCGAAGGAAAUCUUCCACGAAUAACCAUCAAGAAGCCCACAGCACGUAAUAAGAAAGGUUCCUCUGUUCUUCUCUUCAAAAGACUUCUCCUUGGAAGAACCCAGGUCAUGUCUCUGGUCCUAGAAAACGAGGGUACCUUAUUGUCACGUGUAACCUUGAACCUCAAGGACCCUAAUGGGGUCUAUAACAUCACCUGCGCAGAAGGCACCAAGGCGUUAAUGCCUCUAGAGCCUAACGAGGAUACUGCAACAUCAAGCAAAAACCGCAGUCUUUCUGUCGUUGUUCCUAUGGGGACAAAAGCAGAGUUCCUUGUAGAAUUCACCCCCAAUUCCAACGGGAGGCUCGUUGGAGAGAUAAAGUUGGCUGUUAUCGAUAAUCCUUAUGAGGAGAGCUCUAUACAGCUGACUGGAGAGGGGUACGAAGAUGAUUUUACCAUUGAUAACAUUCGUUCUGCUCGUGAGAUUGAAGAUGAAGCUUCAAGUAUUAUUGAGAUUGCGGAAAAUGCAUCUGCUUCACGAGAGAACCACAUCAAGUUCAACGACUGUCCAGUGGGUGUACCCAAACAGCUGUCAUUCACCCUCACUAACCACUCCACCACAGAUCCUGUACGCUUUACCUGGAAUCCACCUCCAGAGAUCACAUUCUCUCCCUGUACUGGACAUCUACUCCCUGGCUGUGCUAAAGACAUUAAUAUCACUUUGACUUCACCAAAACCAAAGGCCUUCAAGACACAGAAUAUUCCUUGUAAAGUGACCAAGAUAAAGCUGGGAGAAUCACAGGAUAAGCCAAUGGACUGGGAUGACAGGAUGCGUGUUGUCAAGUGGAUUGACCUGACACCUGAAGAAGCAGCUGGUAAACCUGAUGAUGAUAUACCAGGAAGUGGACAAAGGGCACAGAAACCUGGCAAGAAGAAAGUGAUUGAGGUUGAGCCUGAGCCGCCAUUUACCCCAAUAGAGAACAGCACGCGUGAUCUGGAACUGCUUGUUAGUGGUUUGUGUGACUAUUCCAAGAUGAGGUGUAAAAUCGAAAGUAUCCACUUCAAAGACACGCUCAUGUUUCAGACUAGAGUAUUCAGUUUCACUGUGGCCAAUAAAGGUGAAGUCCAGUUCGACUUCCACUGGGCAUUUGAGAGUCUUGGUCGUGCAAAGACUGUCAGUCUACCAGAUGCUCCAGUACCAGUAGCCACUACAGAAAGGACUUCUACCCCAGGUGGACGCUCUACCAGCCAACAAACAGCACGACCAAGUACCACAGCCACUGGGUACUCCUCUAUUGACCCCUCCAAGGCGCAACCAUCCGGUAGACCGGCAUCAUCCAUGGGUGGUAGACCGGCAAGUGCACUAGCAUUGGCAUAUGAAGCUGGCAGCAUCGUUAGUGAGGGAGGCGCUGACAUAUUUCCAUUCUCUAUUGAACCAGAGAAUGGUUCUAUUCCUCCUGGGAAGAAAGCAACCUUUUUAGCUAGGUUCGCACCUCUGGAUGUGAUGGACUACGAGAGCACAUUGAUAUUUAGUCUGUCAAAUGCCCAGCCUGGCAAGGAAACCGUAUCUAUUCCAAUUCGAGGGCGUGGUCUCUUACCGUAUGCACACUUUGAACUCGCGGACUCAGAUUACAUAUCAGGGGGAAGACGUAAUCCGGAGCUUCCAGGACCUCGUGGGGCUCCCCCCGGAUCCACCCUCGACCAGAAUACUAGAGUGGUUGAGUUUAAGUCUUGUGGUGUCAAAGUAAAGAACAUGAUGCGUUUCUUCGUGUUCAAUCCAACCAACCUUUCCUACACCUUCACCUGGACCAACGAAGACACCCUAGAUGGUAACCCCCCUGACCAGUGUAAUUUCCGGUGCCUCACCCCUCAUGGGGCUAUCCACAGUGGCAAGAAAGCAGAGACCGUCUUCGAAUAUGUGUCUGAAUCACUAGACUUAGUCGAGUCAUUCUGGAGGUUCUACAUCCCUGAGCACAACAUCUCUGUUCCAUUUAUACUGGUUGGACACACCUUUGAGCCGGCUCUAUCAUUUGAUAGGUCGCAUAUUAACUUCAGGGAGAUUCUUGUAGGACAUCCAGUCAAUCAGACAGUCUUCCUUACUAAUGAAGAGGACAAGGCCUUUAGCUUCUCGUUCAAAGAAGAAUCCCUGCACACAGAUGGAUAUGCGUCAAGUUUAGCUGUGGAACCAAUGGCAGGAACCAUUGAACCCAAGUCACGGCUUCCCAUCGAGAUAUCAUUUUCUGCUGUUGUCGAAAAGGAGGUCAACUUCAAUGUACUUUGUAAAGUGAAAAAGAAGACAACACCCCUGACUCUGAACGUCAAAGCAGAAGGCUAUUCCAUGAAUGCACAGCUGUACUGUGAGGACUCACUGGGCAACAGAGUGGCUCUCACUGCUAAAGGAACUAACAGGAUUAACCUUGGAGAGGUUGAGAUCAAUGAAAAGGUUAUUCGAUCCCUGUUUGUUGUCAACUCGGGUAAAUUCAACUUUGACUUCUCAUGGGAGCUGACCAAUCGAACAAAAGUCAAAGGGAUACACCGACUAAAUGCUGCUGAACCGGUCCUCUCCAUAACACCUGAAGCUGGUACUGUACCAUCUAAUUCACGUAAACGAUGCCAGUUGGUGUUCUGUCCACCUUCUCGGCUGUUGUUACAAGGGUGUGAUUUACUGCUCAGGAUAACGAAUGGUCCUACAUUUAACAUCAGCGUCACCGGAAGUGGAGCUCAACCAGGUCUUCAUUUCUCGUUCCUGAAGCAUGACUUUGGACCAUGUUUCCUGUAUCGCGCAGGCAUGCCACUACACAGGACGACGCUGUUCAUAAAGAACGAGGACAAGAAAGACAUAAGUGUUGAGUGUCAUUAUGAGAAUACAGCAUAUCUAGAGGUCCACUCCGACCCUGGUGUACUAGCACCAGACGACACCAUGGAAGUAGAGUUUCUUUUCUACCCACGAGAACCUAAACACUAUCAUGAAACCAUCCCUUUUGAGAUCAAUGGUUUGUCUACCAUGAACGUUGAAGUAUUCGGUGAAGGAACUGAUAUGAAGGUCGAGGUUGCCAACCCUUCUGACAAGAAAGUCAGCGUUGGUGCGUUACGCAUUGGUCAGACUAGUCAUAAGACAGUCAAGCUAAUCAAUAGGAGUCCCGCUCCUAUUUCCUUCACUGUAGCAGUCACACCUUCAACUGUACAGCUACAGCAGCCUAAUGUCAUCUCUAUUCAACCUACCAAUGAAAUCACUUUACGUGCUAAUGGAGGGACGGGUAAUGUGGAGAUCUCAUUCUGUCCUAAAGUACGCAUACCACAGUUUACUGAGGAGGUAAUGCUAGAAUGUGCUGGUAUGUCCAUCCCAAUCUUCGUGAUAACAGGUUCCUGUCAGGGCAUCGAGAUCACCCUUGAUAACUACUCUGUACCCUUUGGCGCCGUCAUGUACGGUAGCAGAAGCACAAGGCAGCUCAUCAUGCACAAUACUGGUGAUGUGGGCGCAGCCUUUGCGUGGAACGCAGAGAAGUUCGCGCCAGACUUCAGUAUCAGUCCUACUAAAGGAUACAUCUCUCCUGGGAUGGAGGUACCUUUCCAGAUCACCUUCCAUCCUACUGCGGUCCUCAAUGAUAUCAGAUACGAGGGACUUCGGUGUGCAAUUGAGGGUGCAAAACCACUGAAACUAGUGUUGACAGGGAGCUGUGUGUCACAGACGCCAUUAAAGGAGGUUCUCCACUUCACCACCCAUGUGCGCACGCGUGAAACUCGUAACCUCGUGAUUCAUAAUCGAACCAAUCAGCUGUGGAUGCUGCGGCCUGUGAUCGAGGGUGAACAUUGGUCGGGUCCAGACUCCAUCACUGUUGAACCACAGCAGAGUAAGAACUAUGAACUGACGUACAGACCUAUAGUCAUGACAUCAGAAGGCAAGAAACACACGGGUUCAGUGUUUUUCCCGUUACCAGAUGGUAGUGGCUUACUGUACAACAUAACAGGCACUGCUGAAGGUCCCAAACCCGUCAAUAACAUCUUGAGGGAUGUGCCGUGUAAAACUCCAUAUACUGAGCUGCUUACUGUGUCCAACUGGCUAAGAAGACCUCAGAGGUUCCGUGUAGUCAUUGAAAUGAUCAAACCAGAAAAACCAGACAACGCUACCACCAUCAAGGGUCUUGAUUACAUCGACGUGCCUGGCCUCUCCAAACGAGACUAUAAACUGAGCUUCUUUGCGCACAAAGAGGGUACCUUUAGCUCAAGGGUAAUCUUCCGUAACGAACAGAGCAACGAAUACUUGUUCUAUUAUGUCAGCUUCAAAGCAACAGCACCUGGUGUCAUGUCUGCCAUAGAACUCUCUACUCCUGUCAGGAAAAGCACUUCCCACGUGGUGACUCUACACAACCCUCUCAACACACCCGUUGGCUUUAACUGUCAGUGCUCUGUAUCAGACGUGCAGCUGCCACCAAGCUUUACUGUCCCUCCGUUAUCUGAGGGUUCUUGUAUGUUUGAGUACCUACCCCUAAAGGCAGGUGAUUCCAUGCCUGGUAAGCUGUCCUUUACCAGUUCUGAGCUUGGUUCCUAUCAGUACGAUCUGAUCCUGACUGCCACCCCUGCUGGACCUGAAGCUCCUGUGCAUUUCCGAACAAACUUCGGAGUGAGUCAAGUCCAGUCUUGUCGAUUCGUCAGCUUUGCUAAGUCUAAGGUGGAAUACUCUUGCAAGGUUGAUAGCAGCGACUUCCACGUUGAGAAGAGCAUAACAGCAGCCUCAGCAUCAAGUGGAGGCACAGAGGUUGGAGUAGAUGUGACGUACGAGCCUGUUCGUCUAGGGGACACACGGGCAAAACUUACCGUGGUCUCUCCUGUAGGGGGUGAAUAUAUCUUCCCUCUAUUCGGACACUGCUCGCCUCCUAAACCCCAAGGCCCUUACUCGAUCAAGAACGGAGCAACAACCUCGAUUCCUUUUAAAAAUGUCUUCUCUAGUACUACACAGUUCCAGUUCUGUGUGGAUAACCCGUGCUUCGUUGUCAAGGCCAGCGAGACAAUUCGCGCCAAAAAGAUCCAUAAUAUCAUUGUUGGAUUUGAGGCGGGUCAAGGGACAUCCAAGGCACCGCGUAUGGGCAAACUAAUGAUAUCUUGUCCAAGGAGCACAGGCGGUGCUGGUAAUGUUACCUGGACAUAUUACCUAAAGGGCAACCCAUAAAUGGAACACUCUUUCCGUAUCUAAUGGCUGUGUAUAGAAACCCGGAGUGAAGGCAUGUCAAUCAUUAUAUUAAGAUGAGCAUUUCACAUCCAAUUUAUUUAUUAUUGUUAAGUGUAUUUUUGAAUUCAGAUUUUUGUAUUGGAAAUUUUCAGUAUAGUUGUAAAAGUUUGAAGAAUUUGUGAUGGAAAAAUAUUUUUUGGUUCAGUCACGAAAUUUUAUGUCUACGUUAAGAGUGAAUAAAACAUAGAAAAUAAAUGAUCCUUUCUCUUAUUA